AUGUUGCGGGUUCGGCAUGUUCUUAUCCCCUGGUUAAUUUGCAGUCUUGUUCAUGGUCAGAACGUUGUUCAGGUAGGGGUUUGGUGCCAUUUAUAGGGAUGUUGUAGGCUAAAGUGAGGCAUGUUGUAAAAAAAUCAGAACAAGGUAGAGUAGGGUAGGGUAGGGUAGGGUAUGGUAAGGUAGGGUACAGUAGGGCAUGGUAGGGUAGGUAAUGGUAGGGUACGGUAGAGUAACCCAUGCCACUUUUCAAAAUCAAUUUUUCAGAACCCACCAUUCGACCCAGCCGACCACUUCCAAAACCUCUUCCACCAACACCAACAAUUCCAACAACAACAAUAUGCUUUAGGCCUAGCCCAUCCCCCACCUCAACCCCCACUUCCACCCCAACCUCCACUCCCACCUCACCCAAUGCUCCAACAUCCUCUUAAUGCCGCUGCUAUACCAACACUACCUCCACAUCAUUUUAUGCAACACCCCUUCUUCUACCACCCCGCCUUCAUUCCGCAACAAGUUGCCGCACCACCGUCGGCAACUUCCGCAACUUCGACAACUUCUGAAACCGAACCAACCGUCAUUACGAAAGAACCACCACAAGCCGUGAAACCAUCAAUUCAGUCGGAUGUAAAGGCAUUUACCGAGAAAAAUCGACCGGUCGAAAAGAGUUUGGAGAAGCUUCAAACCGUUUCCUCCGAAGUCCGUUCGCCGCUUGCCUACGCGCCGGCGAAGGAGCUGAGGAAAGUGGAAAUAGUACCAACAGCUUCUAGUAAUACUAGUACUACUUUGGAUAGUAGUACCACUACUAGAGUUGUGAUUACUUCGACUGAAACGGUUACGACCAAUUUGCCACAAAAAAUUGAGGAACAACAACAAAAUGCAGCCAAAAAUGGGGUAAGGUUACUGUAAUUUUUAAGGGUUUUAACUGUUUAAGGGCUAUAAAAGACUGCUUUACAAGAUGGUACUAAUUCCAAUUCUAACAUUUUGCGUUUGGUACAGUUACGACCAUUUUUAAGACACUAACCCAAAUUUUGCUUCAACUUUUUUGGUAAAAAUGCCAUUUUUAAAUAUAAAAAACCAAAAUUUAAAAUAAAAUUUAAAUUUUAUACAAACUACAGUAUCUUGGUCGUCUUUUCAUUACUGUAAUAUACUUUUAUUUCAGGAAAAACUCGACCUAAUCAAGCAUUUAAACUCGACGGAACUCGAAAACUUCCUUCAAUCAGCCAAUUUAACCACCAAAGAAGCUCAACGGUUCUUGAAGCUGGUUGAAAAGGUGGGUGAUUCUUCUUUCUUGUAUUUAUCACUUUUUACUAACAAGAUACGAUAAAAAAUUGCAAACAGGAUUAGCAAAAGGUUUUUGAAAACAUCCUGCACAGUGCAAGAGUUUUUAAGUUUGCACGGUGCAAGGAAUUUAAAAAAUCAUUUUUGUACUUAAAACGUUUUUUUUUUUAAAUUAAAAUUUUUUUUAUUGAAAAACGCAGUAAAUUGUAGUAUUAAUACUUAUUUUUUGCAAUUUCAAAAUUUUUUUGAAUUUUAAAAAAUUUAAAAUAAAACUUAUUGCACAGUGCAAAGCUUUUUUUGAUUGCACGGUGCGUAUUUUUAUGUAAAAAACAAGAAAAAUUGGUUUCAAAAUUAAAAAUAGAAAAUAAUAAAAUGAAAAUAAUAACGCUAAACAUACCUUCAGGUCCUCGAAGAAGAAUUGUCAAAACGCCUUCACAACAAAACUCAAGAAGAAGACCAAGAUAAUCACGAGGUCAAAACAGUCGAUACACGUUUAAAAUUUGACGAAUCCGAACUUCCAACAGCACCACCUUCUACUACAGGGCCCAAACCAUCAACCACAACUGAAACCUCGGUAAUUGUGGCAGCUUUAUCACAAAAAUCAGGGCCGAGUGAGAAGUUGACCGGCUCAAAAGUAGGUAUAACAUCAUUAGAUGACAUUCGAAAGCGAGAACAAGAAGAGUUCGACCGGUUGUUGGGUCAGAUUGUGUUGGAGACGAAGGAGGAGAACAAUGAAAAUGAGGAUGAUGAUUUGCUGUUCAGUGCCAAUGGGGAAAAACCUACUACCACGCCCAGGAAUAGCUUUAGGGUAAGUGUUUUUGUACCCUACUCUACCCUUCAAUAACUUAAGAUUAAAAAAGUUUAAGUGCGCCAAAAGUACCAUUUAGAGUACUAACGGUACCAAAAGUACCAUAUAGUGUACCAACGGUACCAAAAGUACUAUUUAGAAUACCAACGGUACCAAAAGUAUCAUAUAGUGCAUCAACGGUACCAAAGGUACCAUAUAGAGUACCAACGGUACCAAAAGUACCAUUUAGAGUUUCAACGGUAUCAAAAGUACCAUUUAGAGUACCAACAGUACCAAGUGUUAAAUUUUAUUUUAAAGCUAUACAAAACAAGUUUUUAAAAUAAUUUUCACCAUAUUAUAUUCAGUAAACAUACAUACAGAAUAGUCAAAACUAUUCAAUUUGAUAUUAUGCACCGUGCAACGAAUAUUAAACUUUGCACCGUGCAAAAAUUUCUUUUUUAAAUUUUUCAAGCUUUUGAAAUUUGGAAACUUCAGAAAGUGCUUAAUAUUUUAAACAGAGGAAUUUUUAAAUCAUAAUGUUAAUUUAAUUUUGAAAAACAAUGGCAUUUAACUGCACAGUGCAAUAUAAAUUUCUGUUGCACCGUGCAACAAACUUUGGUUUUGCACUGUGCAUUUUUGGAUAACAAAAAAUUAAAAAAUUAUUUUUUACAUUAUAAAACGUGCCUUGAAAAGCCAAGUUUAUCAGCUUUGAUAAAAAAUAUUGUCAUUGGGCUGCACAGUGCAACAAGAUAUAAAUUUGCACAGUGCAAACUUUUUUUUUAAAUUUCGUAAUUUUUGUCGAAAUUUUUAAAAACAUCAUUUUUGUACUAAUUUUAAAAUUUUCAGCCCACAACACGACACCCUCCAAAAACAGAGUUUGAGCAUCUGGUCGAAGACUAUCGUUAUCGACUGAGUAGUUCCAACGGCUUCAAUGACCUAAUCAAAGCCCUGCGGAACGCUCACAUUGGCUUCUUCGACCGGUCGCCAGUCAAAAGACGACCAUCUCGAGUGGUGCACCAAUAA